GAUUCCGGUUAUGGGAUAAUUUAAUUUCCUAUCUAUCAAGUCGCACUUCGGGGACAGUUCUUGACAGACUACCGCUCUGACGGUGUUCUGCUGCUUCAGUGACACUGAGAGAGGGGUAGUGAUGGGGUCUGCGUCGUCGGUGUACAGAGUGAUCUACCUGGACGUCGAUGGCAGAAUUCAGAAGGUGGUGUUCAGCCGAUUCUGCAGCCCCUGUGACAUAAAGGAGCUCUUUUGCACUGCCCUGGGGCUGCCCAGGAACACCAACAUUUCUCUGCUGGAUGUGAAUGGGGCUAUGGUGUCCAUUGACCCCACAAUGCCACGCAACUCUGAAAGGUCACCAUAUAGGGUGGUGCCUUUGACUGGGGGACUGCUUGCAGAUAAAGAGGAACUCUUUCAGAAUGUACUAAGCCAGGUAGCUGAGCAGUUCUCCAGGGCAUUCAAAAUAAACGAGCUGAAGACUGAAGUCACAAACCGCUUGGCCAUGCUGGAAAAAAGAGUGGAGUUGGAGGGCUUGAAGGUCGUGGAGAUUGAGAAGUGUCGCAGCGACAUUAAGAAGCUCCGUGAAGAGAUGGCCUCCAGAAACAACAGUAGUUUUCUGGAUGAUAAUAAGAAGUUGAUGCCACGCCGAGAUGUCCCUUCCUAUACAAAGUACAGGCUCUCGCUGCAGACCAUAGAUGCCCUCAGAAAGCCCGCUUUCGACAUCUGGCUGUGGGAGUCCAACGAGGAGAUAGUGGAGACUCUGAAAAAUCCCAUCUUCAAUGUGUGGCAGUAUGAGCAUCAUGAGAUGCUGAGUUGCCUAGAACAUAUGUACCAUGACCUGGGCCUGGUGAAGGACUUCAAUAUCAACCCCAUCACCCUGAAGAGGUGGCUGCUCUGUAUCCAUGACAACUACAGGAACAACCCCUUUCACAACUUCCGCCACUGCUUCUGUGUCACACAGAUGAUGUACAGCAUGAUAUACCUCUGCAGUCUGCAGGAGAAGUUCACUCAGGUGGACAUUCUGAUCCUGAUGACCGCUGCUGUGUGCCAUGAUCUGGAUCACCCUGGCUACAAUAACACGUACCAGAUUAAUGCGAGGACAGAGUUGGCAGUGCGCUACAAUGAUAUCUCUCCACUGGAGAACCAUCACUGUGCUGUGGCCUUCCAGAUCUUCUCUCAGCCCGAAUGCAACAUCUUCUCCAACUUCGACCCUGAGCCCUUCAAACAAAUACGCCAGGGAACAAUAACACUCAUCCUGGCCACGGACAUGGCCCGACAUGGUGAGAUCCUCGACUCCUUCAGACAGAAGGUCGACAGCUUCGACUUCACCAAUGAGGAGCACGUCACCUGUCUGAAGAUGGUGCUGAUUAAGUGCUGUGACAUCUCUAACGAGGUGCGGCCCAUGGAGGUGGCCGAGCCCUGGGUGGACUGCCUGCUGGAGGAGUACUUCAUGCAGAGCGACAGGGAGAAGUUAGAAGGGCUCCCAGUCGCCCCUUUCAUGGACAGAGAAAAGGUCACCAAGCCCACCGCCCAGAUCGGCUUCAUCAAGUUCGUCCUCAUCCCCAUGUUUGAGACUGUCAUGAAGCUCUUUCCCCAGAUUGAAGAGGUGAUGGUGCAGCCUCUGAGGGAGUCUCGGGACCGCUACGAGGAGCUGAAACAGAUAGACGAUGCCAUGAAUGAGGUGCAGAAAAAGAAAAGUGAGAAUUUAACGGUGGGCGGGAAGAAGAAGUAAUGAUGUUAGAGGGCUGGAGACACCAGCAGGGGGAGGACAAGCUGAGAGGCAAUCCGAAAAACCUCGAUCAGGGAAUGUGAAAUUGUACAGCACAAAAGACUUCGCUGAACAACGGUCUGCUUUUAUCAUUUGGGCUUUUUUGGUUUGUUCUCUUCAUUUUUUAAAGUAUCAUUUUAUACAGGAUGUACAGAUUUUUAGUCACUUUUUGUUCUUUCUUACAAAUAAAUAAAAGGUUUAACUAUCAUAA